CUCCAGAAGUUCCAGCAGAAGGCUCAGAAGCAAACUAAGCAGAAGAAAUCCAAGUCGGCUGAAUUUCUGAUGGCAAAAGAAGAUGGAGCAACCACAGAAGGCAUCGAAAAUCCAGCUUUUAACAUCAGCAGUACAGAUCUUUCAGCAUAUCAGACUUCAGGGGAGAAAGUUAUUAAACAUGACAAGCCAGAUAGCACCCUUGCAGCUCACCCACAGAAACUCCGGCUGCAGGCCUGUGCUGAACCAAGAGGAAAUGAAUACAGCAGAAAUUACUUUGACCCAUUGAUGGAUGAGGAAAUAAACCCAAGGCAGUGUGGGAUGGGGGUCAGCGGAGAAGUUCUGGGGCAUAUGGAUGAGAAACUUCUAUAUGACGAAUUAAUGAAGCUUCUAGAUGAAGAUAACAAAGAGGAUUCCCAAGGUACAUACCCACUUGUUUUCAACAUCUUUUAUCACGUGCAAAAAAUUGAGCUGUCCCCGGACACCACCAGCCUGAACUCCCCACAUGUGCUACGGCUAAGUCAACAGCCAAAGAACAUGAACUUCCAUUCCCGCCGUCGCUUAAGAGCUGGAGUCCCGAAAGUUCCUCGUGUUUUCCUCCCCAAAAGGGGAAGUCCUUCAAAAGCUACUUCAGUAGCAGCUGGUGUCAUGAAGGAAGAUAUUGUGGUCUCUGAAAGGCCUGAGAGCACCAGUAAGAGCUGUGAGUUCCACGAAGAUGUUGAAAAUGGAAUGAUUCCUCCUUAUAUCGAACAAUUUGAAAGGGAUGCUCAGGCAAAUAUAAUUCUUCUUGGCAGAUCUUCAAUGGAGCAGGUUGGCCAGGACACAUGGUCAGAGCCAACUCUUGCAUUAAAAUCACCCAGAAGAAUGAUGAAUUCAUAUCUGGGGAUCGCUCCUAGCACUGCUUUUAACUUAUCUUACAACUCAUCUUUGGUCUGUUGUGAAGCUGUUAAUGUCGGAGCAUAUACGCUGAUAAGGUUCACAGGGCCUUCGAUUGUGUUCAUAGGAAGUGUGAAUAGUCUCUCAGUACUGUCGCCAAUCAAUUCAAUCAUUGUGAGGAUAUCAUCAUCAUCUUUAUAUUCAUCUUCAUCACCUUCAGCAUCAUCAGCAGCAGUACUAACAGAUGAGAGAUCCCAGGAACCACAUCAUAUUCAAAUUCAAUUAAAAUGCUUGAGGGGAAUCAAAGACAAGGUGCCUAGGGGCUCCUAUUUCCUUAAGGUUUCUUUACUUAACCAACUUGGAAACUGUGCCCUUCCUUCAUCUAAAAGAGAACAACCAAGAAAUGGAAUACAACCCAUCAGUCAUGAUGGAAACUUUUAUGAUGUGGGAAUAUAUUUCAACCAAAGUCUAUAUAUGGUUUUGCCUUCUAAUGAAGAUGUGAAACCUGGCAUGACCCUCCUGUUUGAAUUCUUUCUCUGUGGUGGGACUUAUGUUUUUUUUGACCGGGCAGUAGGCUGGGGAGUUUUUCCUUUCUGUGACGACAACUUUAAUAUAGUGGAGGGAAAAUUCAAGUGUCCACUUCUUCGAGGUCAUUAUGAUAAAAAACUUGAAUGCUUCAGUAAAAUUGAGGAUUUUAUUUGUUCAGAUUUGGACCACUGGUUGUGCAAUCUCUAUUUUCAGUCUAUGUUAAAAGAAAAUGACCUGACGGAUGAAUCUUUGAGAGAAAAAUCAAGUUCUUUGAUGAACAUGAGAGCAAGAGAAAAUGAAGAGUAUUCAGGGUCUAUGUCCUACUUAGAGGAGCUGGAGAAACACAGAUACUCAGUAUGUUCCUCUUCUGUUUCCCAAGUGAAGCAACCCAGAAGAUUCUUCAAGCAAUUCCAUUUUCUGCAGGUGGUAAUAUUGACUGAGCUUCAAGUAGCAAAGUGGCAAAGCCAGAAGUUUUGGUGUAUUAUAUUGCUGCUAGCUUUCAUCUGGUUUGUGAGGCUCUACUUGCAUUACUGUAGCCAGUGGCUUUUUCUCCAGGUCAUCUCAAUUCCUGUUACAAAAUUCUGCUUCUAUCCUCACACUGUUGAACUUUGCUACCCAAGUUCUUUACUUCGAACAGGAGAAGAAUUGUCCAUGGUCCUAGUAGGACCACUAGCCCUGAAUGCUUUAAUACUUUUUUUGGCUAUCAUCAAAUGGGGCUGUCAGCAACUGUUUUCCUCAGCCCCAACUUUCCUGUCAAAGUUAAUCAUUGCUUUGGGACUAUGGACAGUAUUGGACCCUUUGGCGGUGUUUGUAGUGGAUGUUAUCCUGGGGCGACUUACUUAUGAUGGGGAGACUCCAGUUGCUGAUGCUGCAAAACUAUACUGGAGCUUUAUAAGGACAAAGCAAUCAGGAAUCCCUGGAGCAGUGAUUACAUUGUUAGUUUAUUUGCUCCUGUUCAUCAUUUCCUGGGCAGUUUUGUAUUUGUAUUGUCUCAGGCUGCACAAUGAUUCUUGGAUACUAGAUACAUUUCAGCGUAUCCAUAGUGAUGAAGGCAUGUUCUUUAUUCCAUAUGACCUGGAAAUUUCAAAUCAAGAGCUCAGCUACAUAGUGAAAAAGGCUGAACAAUGGAGAGGAAUCAAUGGGGAAAGGAGGAAGGUGGCAGUGUAUGAUUACAUCUGGAAAAACCAUGAUAGCAAGUCCGGUGUGCCCAGCUGUGACCUCCAGCAUCAAGAUGAAAUCACUGCAUGUGCAGCUGGUCCAGAAGGCAUUAUUUCUCAUGUGUCUAUACGUACCACUUAUCCCAGUGGCUUCCAAGAGCUGUACCGACAUUUCCUCAGACUGCCUGAUGGUGCCAUUGUUGAGGUAUUUGGUGACAUUACUGGAAUAAGUUUUCUACACAGUGAAGUGACUGCAGCUAUACAGAGCCAUAUAUGUGAAAUGGAUAGUGUACGGAGAGAAUCUUCUGAGCCUGAGAUCAAAGAAAGGGAAAAGAUUGCAUCAAAGUAG